CGUGCAAUUAUUUUAUAGCGCCAACAAUAAUUCCACGAUUUGGCUCUCCCAAACACUCAACACAAGCAAUAUAAACACAAUUCAAUUUCCUCAAUUUUUAAAACCUAAAAAAUCAUCUUCAAAUUCCUCCUCAGGCAUCAUGGAUCUCAGAGUUGGUCUCGUAUUUCUUCUUGUGUUGGGUGCUGGCUGGGCUUCUGCUGCUAGACAAAUUGUAGACACCGAGUUUUCUCAUAAUAGCAUGGUGAUCUCUGAUAUAGCUAUACAAAUGAAAGACCAGGAGCAAGAGGAGAAAAAUCAAGCUGCAAAUGAAGGAGUGGGAAAUGAAAAAGUAUGCUCAUUGUGUGAGGAUUAUGCUUCUCAAGCACUUGACUACCUAUCUGAAAACAGGACCCAGACUAAAAUUCUGUCUGUUCUUCAUCAAGCCUGCUCUGGGGUUCCUACUUUCAAGCAUCAGUGCGUCUCUUUGAUGGACUACUAUGCUCCUCUCUUCUUUACGGAGGUUUUAUCAGUACAACCUGAAGCACUCUGUCGCAAGGUCAAUCUUUGUGAGGAAAUAGUAUUCAUUUCUUCAAAGUUCCAAGAAGAUAAAUGCGGCAUUUGCCACCGUGCUGUUUCAGAAGUGUUAGUCAAGUUGAAAAAUCCCGACACACAGCUUGAGAUAAUCGAGUUGCUUUUAAAGGCAUGUGACUCUAUGGAGAACCAUGCUUCUAAGUGCAAGAGGAUGGUAUUUGAGUAUGGUCCGCUCAUCCUUACCAAUGCGGAACAGUUUCUAGAAACCAAAGACAUAUGCAUUAUGUUACAUGCCUGUGAUUCACCCACAGUUGCUGGUGAAGAAGCUGCAACAGUGUUAAAGGCCGACUCAUAAGUAGUAAUGGCGGUAGAAUUUGGAAUGAAAUGUAUUAUAAAAAUUAAAUUCCCCGAAAUUUAUUUAACGCCAUUUGCAUGUAUGAUACAUUUUUUAUACGGGUAUUCUCUUGCUGUUGUAAUUAUGCUAUAAUUGUUAUUUAUAAUUUCAAUUAUUUGGUCGUUGGUGAAA